AUGGGAUCUCUUGAGUCUUUAAUCUUCUGAGGACGAGGAGGAGCCAGAAUCAGAUGAAGACUGCUGGUUCUGUUGUCUGUACCGGCUUCUCUGCUGCACAGAAUCUGCUGCAGCCAUUUUGCCACCUUUAUUCAGGUUGUCCAGAGAAACAAAAACUCUCCUCUCAGGAGAUUAUAAUCCUUCCAACUGCACACCAGAGACUCGGGGCUCCAAUGGCAUAGAUGUCACCAAAAGAAAAGAAAGAAGGAACCAAUUCUCUGACAGACAAAAGAGCUGAGUCUUUGUGACGGAGAUAAAGGCCUUUCUGGAUCAAUAAUAACCAUUUUCUGAUUUUUCCACUUCAUACAAAGCAACAAUACAGGACUGAAGGGCAAAAGGGUGAAGGGACUCACCAUCAACAAGAAAUCUUUACUGAAGAAAGCAGCACAAAGCAGACUGAAUAGCAGAGAAGUUGUAGAGGCUGUGGCACUUCUACAUCCAUAGCAGUAGACGGAGUCUAUUGAGAAUCAUGAAGAUCUUUUUUUGCCACUACCAAACAUUUAGAUGUAUCUGGCUUGCUAAGGUACCUGGCCGUCACUUCCACAGAGAUCGUCAUCUUUGGAAGCCCCUGACUCUUGCUGACUUUGAGGCUAUAACUCGUGGUGACAGGUCGUUGCCUAAGAACUUUAACUUUGCUGGGGAUGUGCUGGACCAGUGGUCCGAAAAGGAGAAGACAGGAGAGAAACCUGCCAACCCAGCCCUGUGGUGGGUGAAUGGCAAAGGGGAAGAGGUGAAAUGGAGCUUCAGAGAACUGGGUUCCUUGUCCCGAAAGGCAGCCAAUGUACUUACCAAGCCGUGUGGCCUGCAGAGAGGAGACCGAGUGGCUGUGAUUCUGCCUCGUAUCCCUGAGUGGUGGCUGAUAAAUGUGGCUUGCAUGAGAACAGGGCUUGUCUUCAUGCCAGGAACAAUCCAGCUGACAGCAAAAGACAUACUGUACCGGCUACAAGUUUCCAAGGCCAAAUGCAUCGUGGCCGGUGAGGAGGUGGCACCGGCAGUGGAGUCCAUCAUGUCAGAGUGUCCCAACCUGAAGACCAAACUCCUGGUAUCUCCACAUGAACGGAAUGGGUGGCUCAGCUUCCAGGAGUUAUUUCAAUCUACAUCUGAAGAGCACAGCUGUGUGCAAACAGGAAGUCAAGAACCAAUGGCUAUUUAUUUCACCAGCGGGACCACAGGCUCUCCUAAGAUGACCCAGCACUCUCAGAGCAGCCUUGGAAUUGGGUACACCCUUUCUGGAAGAUACUGGAUGGACUUGAAGUCCUCAGAUAUCAUAUGGAACAUGUCUGACACAGGCUGGAUCAAGGCUGCCAUCGGCAAUGUGUUUGCUCCCUGGCUUUGGGGAGCCUGUGUUUUUGUGCAUCGGAUGGCCCAAUUUGACACAGACUCCUUCCUAAAUACACUUACCACUUAUCCCAUCACGACCAUGUGCAGCGCUCCCACUGUGUACCGGAUGCUGGUGCAAAAAGAUCUUACAAGAUAUAAAUUCAAGAAGCUGCAGCACUGCCUUACAGGAGGGGAACCACUCAACCCAGAGGUGCUGGAACAGUGGAAGGCACAAACCGGACUGGAGCUGUAUGAGGGCUAUGGACAAACAGAAGUGGGAAUAAUUUGUGCCAAUCAUAAAGGACAAAAAAUUAAACCAGGCUCGAUGGGGAAAGGACUACAACCCAAUGAUGUCCAGAUUAUAGAUGAAAAUGGCAAUAUUCUACCACCUGGCAAAGAGGGGGAAAUAGCCCUCAGACUAAAAUCUACACGACCAUUCUAUUUCUUCUCUGAAUAUGUGGACAAUCCAGACAAAACUGCCGCCACACUAAGAGGAGACUUUUAUGUCACUGGAGACAGAGGCGUGAUGGACAGUGAUGGGUAUUUCUGGUUUGUUGGCAGAGCUGAUGAUGUCAUUAUAUCCUCUGGAUACCGUAUUGGGCCAUUUGAAGUGGAGAAUGCACUCAUUGAGCACCCAGCAGUUGUUGAAUCAGCUGUCGUCAGUAGUCCAGAUCCAGUCCGAGGAGAGGUGGUGAAAGCUUUCAUUGUCUUAUCUAUACCCUUUAAAUCCUCCAACCCAGAGAAAUUAACUCUUGAGCUUCAGGAUCAUGUGAAAAAAUCAACUGCACCAUACAAAUACCCAAGAAAGGUGGAAUUUGUUCAAGAACUCCCAAAAACCAUCACUGGAAAAGUCAAACGCCAGAUGUUAAGAGACAAAGAAUGGGGACGAACAUAGCUUAAUUAAGAAAACUGAGAGAUUAGGUAGCAACAAAGUUGCUUCUUUUUGCAUUUGCUUCCUGAUAAUUCAGUGAAUACUUUAAGUUCUAAGAUUUUACGUGGUUAAAAACUCAGCUCUUUGUUUUGUACUCAGACAAAAAAUUAAAAUGUAAAAAUCUAAAAAUACAUGGGAAAAAAUGUUAUGAUGACCAAACUGACAAAGGUAAUGAUUAUAAUAACUGUAAUGUUUAAAAGAGAAGGGAUCAGAUGAUUACUUAGAAAAGCAAAGAACACAAUGAAUCUGUUAUGUCCCUUAUCUUGUGCCUCCUUAAUUCAAAUUAAAGAACAGAACUAUUCUCAGAGAAACGCUCAAGACACAAUUUCCUCUAACAUCUUUAUGAGACCAAAACUUUUAGAUUAAAAUAUUAAGUUAAAAUAGUAAAAUAAAUAAUGAAUUUAACAGAAUUAUGUACUGUUUUACUGUGCCUCAUUUUAAAGUACAUUCACUAUAGGCUUGGAGCCUGUAGCUCAGUGGCUAGGGCACCAGCCACAUGCACAGAGUUGGCAGGUUCAAAUCCAACCCAGGCCUGCCAAACAACGACAACUACAACCAAAAAAAAAAAAAAAAAGUUGGGCAUUGUGGCAGGUGCCUGUAGUCCCAGCUACUUGGGAGGCUAAGGCAAGAGAAUCCUGUCAACCCAGGAGUUGGAGGUUACUAUGAGCUGUGAUGCAAUGGCACACUACCCAGGGCAACAUAGGGAGACUCUGUUUCAAAUAAACAAAGUAUAUUCACUAUAAA